AUGGCCAACGGCCGAAGCCAGACCUCAGCAACCAAGCAGACGACGGCACCGUCGAGCGGCAGGGGCUCCCGGACAGGGCCGGUGGAUCGCCCUACCGCGUCUUCCUCGCAAGAGCGGCCGUCUGUCGGCGCGGGAACGAGGCGCUCCGCCAGGAAGCGUCUCUCCGUCGAGAGAAACGGCGCCGCCAAGCCCCGCUCCAGCAGCAUCGGGAGCGUCGGCAGGCGCACCAUCCUCGGGGGCAGGAGAGCCGAGGAGGACCGGGAAGAGGAGGAGGAGGAGGAGGAUGCCCUCCGGGGGAUCGGCGACUUGGAUGCCGUUGCCCCGAGCCAGGAGGAGAUCAGGGUCAUGAUCGACAGGAUCAGGCGGGAGUCUGCGGUGGAGGAGGUGGUAGGCGCCGGGGGUCGCACGGUGAACAGCAAAGGGCAGCGGUUCGAACAUGAGGUAGGCCGCGGCAGCAGGGACAAUCCGUAA